AUGAGCGCUCCUACGGGUGAAGCUCCUCCAGCUUCGGCUGCUUCUACAGAACAACAACCAGCACCUCCUUCUGGUGCUCAACCCGCUGCCCAGCCUCCAGCAGCUGCUCCGAAUGUCCCUCGCCCUGCCACGACUCACACCGUCCCGGUAACCCAAGGCCAACAACCCCCUCAGGCCGGCGUGGCACGGCAGCCUGCAGUAAUGACCCGCGACGUCUUCAACCAACGAUCGCUUGGGAAAGCGCUAAAUUCUCAGGUCAAAGCCUCUCGAGCCCUCUUGGUUGGUGCUGGUGGCAUCGGCUGCGAACUCCUCAAGAACCUAGUCCUCCAAGGCUUUGGCGAAAUACAUGUUGUUGACCUUGACACAAUCGAUCUAAGCAAUCUCAACCGACAGUUCCUCUUCCGCACCGACCAUAUCGGAAAGCCCAAGGCUCUAGUUGCAAAAGAUGUCGCGCAGGCUUUCAACCCCCAGGUCAAGAUCGAGGCACAUCAUGCAAACAUCAAGGAGUCACAAUUCAACGUCGAGUGGUUUCGAGGCUUCAACAUCAUUUUCAAUGCGCUUGACAAUAUGGAAGCGAGACGGCAUGUGAACAAGAUGUGCUUGGCGGCGGACGUACCCUUGAUCGAGAGCGGAACCACGGGAUUCAAUGGCCAGGUCCAGGUCAUCAAGAAGGGCGUUACCGCUUGCUACGAUUGCACUCCCAAAGAUGCGCCAAAGUCUUUCCCUGUUUGUACGAUACGAAGCACGCCAAGUCAGCCGAUCCAUUGCAUAGUCUGGGCCAAAAGCUACUUGCUGAACGAGAUGUUCGGUGCUAGCGAGGAUGAGUCUGCCUUCGAUCAUACAGACGACCAAGACAACGCGAAGGAGAUCGAGGAGCUCAAGAAGGAAUCUGAGGCUCUGAAGUCGAUUCGCGAGUCUGUUGGCUCGAGUCAGUUCCCUCAGUUGCUGUUCGACAAGGUGUUCAAGACAGACAUAGAGCGGUUAUGCUCAAUGGAAGACAUGUGGAAAUCGAGGCAAGCACCUCAGCCAUUGGACUACAAAACGUUGCUUGAACAGGCAGGCGAGGCCAUAGCGGCCAAGGACACAAUUCUGCAGGAUGGUCAAAAGGUUUGGAGUCUCGAAGAGAGCCUUGUCGUCUUCAACGACAGCUUGGACCGUCUGAGCAAGCGCAUGGCCGACCUGAAGAAAUCACAUGACGGCUCGGGACCUACACCUAUGAUCGAGUUCGACAAGGAUGACGAGGACACGCUCGAUUUCGUUGCAGCCAGCGCGAACAUCCGAUCCACCAUUUUCAGCAUCGAGCGGAAGUCUCGCUUCGAUAUCAAACAGAUGGCUGGAAAUAUCAUACCGGCCAUUGCGACCACUAAUGCUAUCGUUGCCGGUCUCUGUGUGCUACAGGCCUACAAGGUCCUGAAGGGAGAGUACAACAAAGCCAAAGAGGCCUUCCUCUCACCAUUCUCGUCGGGCUUACCAGCCCGGCUCAUCUCGGCUGACCGACCACAGGCGCCAAAUCCAAAUUGUCCUGUCUGCAGUGUCUUCCAGACCAGCGCAUACGUCGACCUCGCUCAAGCGACCCUGAAGGAUCUGGUUGAGGAUUUUUUGAGACUCCAACUGGGCUAUGGCGAGAAGGAGAUAGCUGUAAGCACGGACGCGGGCAUCUUGUAUGACCCUGACGAGACCGAGCACCUCUCCAAGAAGUUGACCGACCUGGGUAUCAAGCCUGACACCUUCUUGACUGUCACCGAUGAAGAUGACGCCGAGCCAUUCGUCAACCUUGUCCUUCACAUUCAGGAAGCGAAGGAAAAGCAACCUGAAAAGCCGGUUAAGGCUCUCUCAGACGACAAGCCCGACAUACCCAAAAAGCCCAAGCAGGAGGCCGCAGAAACCUCGACAGCUGUGCCCUCAUCUAAUGGAAAGCAUGAGCCUGAUGAGAGUAGCCGGAAGAACAAGAGGGAACACGAGGACGAUCUUGAAGAGCCAGGUCCCAAGAAAGUCAGGAAAACUGGGGACUCGACUGCCAAGGGCGAGGACGCGGUCCUCGUGGAUGACGACGGCGGCAGUGGCGCCAUCAUGAUCGACGACGAUUGA